AUGUGUACAAGUCAGGACCCAACAGUAAAUCCUGCCCUGCGCUUCCUCCGAGCCCGACAGGAGAGGGCCCUGGCUCUGUGGAGAGGUCCCCCGUCCCAAGGCAGCCUCUCAUCAGCACCACUCCCCCUGUUCCAGCCGCAGCAAGACAAGCUGUUGGAGGCUCCGGAGCCACAUUCACUGACCCCUCUGACAUACAUCACCCAGCACCGCAGCGUCCCGACUCCUCCACGGCCUUUGAACGCAUCAUGGGUCACUGCACCGACUGCCCACUCCCACCCGAGCCCGCCAACCGUCCCGCGGGCCCCACAACGGAAAAGCCAACAAGUCAUUUUUACACCCCACUCUCAGAUGGGACGCAUAGCAGCGGUCGUGGUCCUCUCACAUGUGGACGGGGUGGAGCUGGUGGAGUCUACCCCUAACCUUUGCCCUGACCCAUUCGCCACUUCCAAGCGGAGGGAUAACGUUACGAGCGCGGCGGAGCGGGCCAGCUGUUCAAACAAGGGGGUGGAGUGGGGGGUGGUGGUUGGGGGUGAAGGAGGUGGGUGGGUUGGGUGGAUGUGUGGGGGAAUAGUUUUGAGGUUUUUUUGUUGUUUGGUGGGUUUAGUGUUAUGUUUGGAUUGGUGGGUGAUUGUUGGGUUGGGGUUGGAAGGGGGUGUUUGUUGGGGGGGGGGUUUUAGUGGGUGGUAG